AUGUCUUCGGCGCCCGAAAAGCAGCAGCCACCGCACGGCGGCGGCGUUGGCGGCGGCGGCGGCGGCGGCGCGGCCAUGGACCCCGCGUCGUCCGGCCCCUCCAAGGCCAAGAAGACGAACGCCGGCAUCCGGCGUCCGGAGAAGCCGCCCUACUCGUACAUCGCGCUCAUCGUCAUGGCCAUCCAGAGCUCACCCACCAAGCGCCUGACGCUCAGCGAGAUCUACCAGUUCCUGCAGAGUCGCUUCCCCUUCUUCCGCGGAUCCUACCAGGGCUGGAAGAACUCGGUGCGCCACAACCUCUCGCUCAACGAGUGCUUCAUCAAACUGCCCAAGGGCCUCGGGCGGCCCGGCAAGGGACACUACUGGACCAUCGACCCGGCCAGCGAGUUCAUGUUCGAGGAGGGCUCCUUUCGGCGGCGGCCGCGCGGCUUCCGAAGGAAAUGCCAGGCGCUCAAGCCCAUGUACAGCAUGAUGAACGGGCUCGGCUUCAACCACCUUCCGGACACCUACGGCUUCCAGGGUUCAGCUGGCGGCCUCUCGUGCCCGCCCAACAGCCUGGCACUCGAGGGCGGCCUGGGCAUGAUGAACGGCCACUUGCCGGGCAACGUGGAUGGCAUGGCCUUGCCCAGCCACUCGGUGCCCCAUCUGCCUGCCAACGGCGGCCACUCGUACAUGGGCAGCUGCGGCGGUGCGGCGGCUGGCGAGUACCCGCACCACGACGGCUCGGUGCCCGCCUCUCCGCUGCUGCCCGCCGCCGCCGGCGGGGUCAUGGAGCCGCACGCCGUCUACUCGGGCUCAGCGGCCGCCUGGCCUCCCUCGGCUUCUGCAGCACUCAACAGCGGCGCUUCCUACAUCAAGCAGCAGCCCCUGUCCCCCUGCAACCCCGCGGCCAACCCCCUAUCCGGCAGCCUCUCCACACACUCCCUGGACCAGCAGUAUCUGCACCAGAACAGCCACAACGCCCCGGCUGAGCUGCAAGGCAUCCCGCGGUAUCACUCGCAGUCGCCCAGCAUGUGUGACCGAAAGGAGUUCGUCUUCUCUUUCAACGCCAUGGCGUCCUCGUCCAUGCAUUCGGCCGGCGGCGGCUCCUACUACCACCAGCAGGUCACCUACCAAGACAUCAAGCCGUGCGUGAUGUGA